CAUAGAGUCAUCCAUCCUCAAUCCUCUCACUAGUUCAUAGCAGCAGCUCAUCGUUUUAGAGAAUCAAACUACAGCUCAAACCAUGUCGUCUUGCAAGCUCACCAACCUCUGCAUCAUCGCCGCUCUCCUCCUCUUCCUCUCAAUAACCUCCACUGCUCGGGAGAUGCCUUCUUCUCCAGACGUUACUACAAUGAAAGUCCAACAUGAGGGGUUGAAGGAUGCUGAAGUGGAAAAAGUGAUGACGGAGGAGAGCUGCGAGGGAGUUGGUGAAGAAGAGUGUCUGAUGAGAAGAACUCUUGCUGCUCACAUUGAUUAUAUCUAUACACAGAAGAACAACCCUUGAAACUUUUACAUAUUAUAUGUAUCUAUUUUACUCAAUUUUUGAGUAGUACAUGUAUUCAUGUAUGUACUGAUUUGCAUCAUUGUAUUCAUAUUACUCAGUUAUUUUUAGGAAGUUUCCUGUGUAGUAAUACGGCCAGUUUGUAUAGAUGAUACCGAUCACAUAUAUAUUGAAGUUCUUCAGUUUCUGGA